UGUUGUCCAUCUAAAGGACCUUUGCAUAUAUAAUGGGGAAAAAAAGAAUGAAAAAUGUUUCCUUGUCACUAUUACAAAAUCGCCGCCUCGGUUAUUUCCAUAUUAAGAAGCAGAACCUUGGCUUAUGAAUAUUAAUUACCUUACGUGACUGACUGGGCGCUCGUUGGUUAGCACGUUAAAAGGAAUGUAUUAAUAUUCAUAAGAUCGGUCUGUCACCGCCCACACAGCCAAAACGAUCUGACAACCAAACGGAUUGUCUUCAUCCCGUUCUGACAAAUCUAUUCCGCGCAUCACAUGUUCAUCCUCAUCGCUUGUAUUUCGCUAAGUUUGUACUUCCUGUCUGUCACGGCGACUUCCGCAGAUGGUUUGGCUUUUGUUGUGUAGUGACUGAAAGGGCGUGCGUUCAUGCACGAGCACUUCAAACCCAACUCGUCAGGAAAAAAGGGAGUGUCGGCGCAUAAAGCAACGCCAACCAUCCACCAAAGGUUGCUUUGGACAAAAGGUUGCAAAUCCACACUCGGAAUGAGUUGCACGGAGCAAGACGACGCUGGGAAGUUUCUGGAGAGGUUUCUGGAGGAGUUUCUAAACCCGCUUGGCACGGAGGAUCCGCUUCCCGUCACUCCACUUAGCCGCAAAGUCACUAUGCAGGAGGUGAAGGGAGAGAGUCUGGAUCUGGGCCUGCGACUGCUCUCAGCCAGAAAUGCCCCAUCCUGGCUGGGUGCAGCGAUGUGCAACGCUGCUGUCACGGAAUUGCUUAAAGAUGACCUUUCACCUCACUACUGCCCCAAAGAUCCUGAACAGCAACCAGAGGAUGAACAGGAAGUUGUUUUGUUGCAGUCUGAGCCAUUGCAGCGCCUCUUUAUUAAUAAAUUGAGAGAGGUGUGUUUGGCCUGGCAGAAACAGCUGCCCAGUCCCGGGUCGUCCUCAUCACAGACACACAGCUGCUCCGUUCACGCCAUUCGAAACACUCGCAGGAAGAUGGAAGACCGUCACAUCAUCCUGAGAGAGUUUAACCAGCUUCUGGGACUGCAGGAUGGUGUAGAUCGAGAGUAUUACGCUGUGUUUGAUGGACAUGGAGGGGUGGACGCUGCCACAUAUGUUGCCACUCACCUGCAUAUCAUACUGAGCCAACAGGAGGCACUAAAAAGCGAUGCCGCCACAGCCUUCAAAAGCACCUUCACACAAACAGAUGACAUGUUCAAAAUCAAAGCUAAGAGAGAGCGUCUGCGCAGCGGCAGCACUGGUGUGGCGGCCUUACUGACCUCUGAUCGCCUGACCGUCUCCUGGCUGGGCGACUCUCAAGCUGUGCUGGUUCGACAGGGAGAACCAGUGACCCUGAUGGACCCACACAAACCUGAGAGAGAGGAUGAGAAGAAAAGAAUCGAGGAUCUGGGUGGAUGCAUCGCUUUCAUGGGUUGUUGGCGGGUAAAUGGGACCUACGCCGUUUCCAGAGCAAUAGGUGAUUUUGAUCAGAAGCCGUACAUCUCUAACGAAGCUGAUUGCUCCUCGAUCCAGCUGAACGGGCAUGAAGAUUACAUUCUGCUUGCUUGUGACGGCUUCUUUGACGUGGUUCGGCCUGGGGACGUCCCGGAGCUGGUCCUGGAGGCUCUGAGGGAGACCGGAGGCUCGGGGGACGAUGUGGCCCAGGCUCUGGUGGCCCAUGCUAAAGCUGCUGGAUCCAGUGAUAACAUCACAGUUCUCUUGGUGUUCCUCAAGGAUCCGCAGCAGCUUCUGACCUACGAGACGAGUUCCAGAGCAGAGCCUGAAGGAGCUACGGCUGCAGCCACAGGGAUCUGAAAGGGGUUAACAGGAAGAAAUUGUCCAUGAUAGAACCAAAAUCAUCUGGAAUGAUAUUUUGAAAGAGUUGUUGCAUUUGAAAAGAAUAUGUGAUUGUUGAGGUCAUCCGAAACGAGUCCAGUCAUGCAUUCAGACGAAAGCAUCGAACGCAGGUGAAAGGCGUUUCCUCGUUUUAUGUUUUUUUUUUUUUCCAAGAAUGUCUGAUCUCUGGUCAUUUAUUAACUCUCUUUGUUGCUACGUUUGAACUUGCCUUCAUUUUUAAACGACAUGUUUCUAUCUUUUAACUAUUUGCCUUGUUUUUACCAGCUUAUAUUUACAUUAACUGCUGCUUAAAGAAAUAGUUCACCUAAAAAUAACAAUUCU